AAAAUGGAGUUUCAUGUUGUUGCCAGAUAGCUGAUUUCGAGAUUUUUCUCUUUUGCAAAAACCAAAAACUCUUUUUCAUAUAAUUUUAAACAUUUCUGCUCCUAUUUUAGCUAAUACAGUCUUCUCUCCCUUCUUCGUGAGUCAUAUUCAACUCUCAGUUCACGUGCGCCUGCAGCCGGCGGCAAAUGGAGUCAGAAAAGAGCAAAAUACUGAUAAUCGGAGUAACAGGCCGUCUAGGGUUUGAACUGGCAAAGGCCAGCCUCAACUCCUUGCAUCCCACAUUCGGACUCGUCAGAGACUCAGCAUUUUCCGACCCCCAUAAAUCCCAAAAGCUUCAUUUCCUUUCUGGCGCUGGCGUUACACUCAUCAAGGGGUCGCUGCAAGACGAAGAUAUCCUGGUUGAAGCACUCAAGCAAGUUGAUGUGGUAAUUUGUGCUGUUUCAUCUAAGCAAGUCCUUGAACAAAAGCUUCUGGUUUCUGCUAUCAAGCGUGCUGGUUGCAUUAAGCGGUUCCUCCCUUCAGAAUUUGGGUCAGAUCCUGACAGAACUCGAAUUUCCGAUUUGGAUCACAACUUCUACUCAAGAAAAUCUGAGAUUAGGCGUCUUAUUGAAGCUGAAGGCAUUCCUUACACCUAUGUCUGUUGCAACUUCUUUACAAGUUUUUUUCUACUGUCACUUGUUCAACCGGGCCGGAAAAACCCUCCAAGAGAUGAAGUCAGCAUAUUCGGUGAUGGAACUGCCAAAGCUGUCUUUGUGAAAGAAAAUGAUGCUGCUGCCUUUGCCAUAAAUACAGUGGAUGAUCUACGUACUCUGAACAAAGUGGUACACCUGAGGCCACCAGGAAAUGUCUAUUCCAUGAAUGAGCUAGUAGAUAUUUGGGAAGGGAAAAUUGGGAAGACGCUAAAAAGGAAUUACAUCACCGAAGAUGAACUCCUGAAGAAAAUCAGAGAAAUGCCGUAUCCUGAGAAUAUGGAGUUGGUUUUCAUAUACUCUGCAUUCGUUAAAGGAGAUCAGACAUACUUCAGCAUUGACUCUUCUGGUGGUUUGGAAGGGACGCAGCUAUAUCCACAAAUAACAUACACCACAAUAAGCGAGUUUCUGGACACCUUGUUGUAAUAUUUGUUGCAUAUUACUCUUCUAACCAAAGAAGUGCAUUCCUUCCUUCUAUUGAUGCAUUAUAAACCUAGAGAUGCACUAGAUUCCAACUUGGUUCGAUUACUCGACAUGCAAUCUUCCUCGACUCUUAUAGGUGCUCUUUUCUAUGGAAUCAUUGGUUUCUGUAUGGCUCCUUAUUGGUAAUACUAGUUAUUUUUGCUUUAAGAACCCUCAUUUUACAAUA